AAAGUUGCCUCUGACUGGCCCUUAUAGGGUUCACUUGUCUGGAUUUGUUUUUGUGCCAGAUUCUUAGCUUGGGGGUUUGCUCUUUAAGGUAAUGUAGGUAGAUAUAGGUCCCACACCUCCAAGUGGCAUAGGUCAGGACCUCUGAUUUUUUAAGUUUCUUCUGCAUUGCUAUCUUCUCAGCACACCUAUUCAGAUGAUGCUGUUUCUCAUUUCCUUUAGGUUUCUGUUCAAAUGUUACCUUAUCAGAGAUGCCAUCCCUCACCACUGCCUAUACCCCUUCUCUGCUUUACUUUUCCUCAUAGCAUUUAGCACCACCUGACUUAUUUCAUGUAUGUUUCUUCUCCUUGUCUAUCUCCUUUAAUUAGAAUAUAAGCUCCAUAAGACCAACAUUUGGGAGGAGGUCUUUUAUUCUCAGCUGACCCUUAGUACCCAGAACAGUGCCAGAUACAUAGUAAGUAUUCAGUGAGUAUUUGUUGAAUGAGUGAAGGGCCUGGGCAUGGUGGCUUGCUUCCUGCCGCUACCCAGGGCAAGAGAAGUUUUUCAGUCCCAGUUCAUCCAUGAUGUGCCACCUCCUGGCUGUGUGCACAGAGCUUCUCCAGUUCCCUUUGCUCCAGACCCUGCUCAGGCAUUGGAGCCCAAGCCCCUGAGGUGUGUGUCUAGUUGUGCGGACUCUUUGAAUCCUGCAGACCCAGUGCUUGCUCACCACUGUGGCUGCGGUUUUCUCCUUGUUCUGGCACCUGGCAGUGUUCUUUUCUUGCUUUUGAAUUUGUGCAUUCAACCAUUUAAAACAUUACUCAACAUUUGAAGUGGGGAGAAGGGAUUUCUGUGUCUGUCCCAUCCCCCUGCUCUGGUCAGGCAAGCUCAUUGUCUGGUUCACUACUAUGUCACCAGCACCUAGGACAAUCCUUGGCACAGAGGAGGUGCUUGGUUAAUAUUUGUUGAAUGAAUAUUAACCCAACACCCAUUUCUUACCAAUUUUAUGGAUGGAAAAAAAAAUGGAGGUCAAGGGGUGAAGGAAAUAUUAAAUGUCCUCGGUCAGCAUCGUUCAGUACUUUGGUACUUUGGUUGUCUUUCCUUAGGAAUCUGGUCAGCAGCCCUGAAUGGAGACCUGGGCCGAGUGAAGUAUUUAAUCCAGAAGGCAGUGGACCCUAGUCAGCCCGACUUGGCCGGCUACACCGCUCUGCACUAUGCCAGCCGCAAUGGACACUACGCAGUAUGCCAGUUCCUGCUGGAAAGUGGGGCCAAGUGUGACGCCCAGACACGUGGGGGUGCCACCGCUCUGCACCGGGCCAGCUACUGUGGGCACACGGAGAUUGCACGGCUUCUGCUCUCCCAUGGGUCCAACCCCAGGCUGGUAGAUGAUGAUGGCAUGACCAGUCUACAUAAGAGCUGGAAUGGGCUCUGGGUGGUACGGCUGGAAAAGCACUGCAGGAACCUUGUGUGGAGGUCAGAGCCCCUGGAUAGAGCUGCUACCUGCCCUAUGGAGGUGGAGGGGAACAUAAGCAAGGGUGUUCACUGGCACCCAGGGAAUUCCCACCAGUCUUGGAGGCUCCCACGGUUCCCCAGCCUUCUCUGUGCAGUUCCUCUCGGACAUUUAUUGUGCAGAAGCGCUCAGUCGCUCCCAGUGGUCUCUUGGAGGAAUGGCUCUCUCUAUAUGUGGGCAUAUAUUUCAGUGGCUCAUGGAGGGGUGAGUUCAGUGUCCCCUGACACCACCGCCAUCUUGGACCUCACUUUCUUUUUUAAAAAAAUAAACUACUUGCAAACAUUGGUACUUUUUGUUGUUGUUAAAAAAAAUUACUUGAAAUGCAUCUCACAAUUGUUCACAACAUACCACUGCCUGAAAUGAGGCAACAGAAUUAAGAACCUGGGUCUGUAC